GUUACGUCAGCCUGCUGGGGAAGGAUUUUCCACCCACCAAACGCGGGACGCGUCAGUGAAGUGAAAAAUCAGUGGUCAGUGGGAAAACUUAGAACCAUUCCGUCGAGAAUGUAAAGGCUAGUGAUAGUGUUAGUGUCUACAAGUUCGAGUUCUAGUUGAAAUUUUCUAAUGAUAAACGAAACAAUUUGAUACAAUGUUUGCAAACACGAUUAUCACCCUUCUGGGUUUGCUGGCUGUAGCCAGCUCAGCCGGAGGUGGGCAAACUUUGCAGUGCAACAAUUCACCCAAUCAGUGCGCCCCGGUGAAAGCUCAACAAUCCGUUGGUGAUGCCACGGUUGGUGAAAAGCCAGUUGGUUCCGGACCGGCUGCCGGAAAUUGGAGCUUGUUUCGGGCUCGAAACAAAACUAUGCCCAGACAAAAUUUGAGUGAAAUCGACGAAUUAUUACUGAACAGUGUACGGCAUAAACUUGGGAUACAGUUUUCUGCCGGAACGAACCGACAAACGGCUGAGGAUGAAUUGGAGAUUGGUCCCGAUGAAGCAGAAUUUGUCACCAAACUGAGGGAAACAUACUUCUCCAGCUACUCACCGUUCAAUCCUGCCUACAGCAAACAGGUGUCACCGGAAUGCGCCCAGGCGGCCGAAGCCUAUCUGAGUUCCCUUCGCUCGAUGAAGAUGUGGGCCCUUAGAAUGUACGAUGCCGGUGGCAAGCUAAGCUCCGGUCUGCUCAACGGUAACAUCAACCAGUACGGCGAUUACGAUCAGUGUUUGAACGUUCGCGGUACCGGACAGCACAGCACCGACGACGCUGGCAGUCUCCGGGGCCGAUACUGUCUGGCCGGCAUUCAACCGACGGUUGUCUCCUCCGGUAUGCCGUUUCUGCGCCAUCUGUACGAUCUGGUACAAUCGCACGGGAUUCUGACCAGCGAACUUGGCGACCCCGGACACCGUGUACCGCGUUUCUCGACCAUCAACUGGGCACUGUGCGUUCCUUCUGCUUGUUCCGCCAAGGACAUUCAGCAUUCGCUGACGGAAUUUCUACAAGAUGCUAGCGAAGGAACUGGUAUACAGCUGGAUGUAAGUGUAGAACCCGAACUUUGCGAGGUUAAGAAUUCCAUUUGGGAACAAUACUAUACACCGACCACCCUCAAAGUCUGGAUUGGGUUCCUCGUCUAUUUGGCGAUCGUGUUUCUCUCCACUUUCUACGAGUACAAAUGGGGGAACACCAACCAAUGGCUAUCCGCUUUCUCGCUAAUCCAAAACACGAGAGCAAUUUUCUGCGUCAAGGAUGAUCCUAACGAUGUGCCAAGUGUGCACGGAAUUCGGUUCCUCAACGCCAUGCUUCUGGUCAUCGCUCACAAAUCGAUGGCACUCUUCUUCAACCCGUACGCUAACCGAACUGACAUGAGCGAGACCCUAGGUCAGCAGUGGACUGUCGUAGGACGCGCUGCGUCCCUCUUCACCGAUCCGUUCAUCAUGUUCAGUGGCUUCCUGACGACGUACUCAACGGUUGGCCGUCUGCUGCGUGGUCAGCAGAUAAAGCUCUAUCAGGACUACAUCGGACGGUUGCUCCGGAUAAUUCCACCACUCGGAGCAUUGAUCCUGUUCUGUACCUUCGUCCUACCCUUCCUGGGUAGUGGACCGCAAUGGAAUCUGGUGGUCACUAAUCACGGUGACAUCUGCAAGGAAUUCUGGUGGCGCAAUAUGCUUUUCAUUCACAACUAUUUCGGUUUCAAGAACAUGUGCCUCACCCAUACUCAUCACAUCGGUAUCGACACGGAGCUGUUCUUCGUUUCCCCACUGUUCAUCUGGCUGAUUUGGAAGUGGCCCAAGAAAGGAGCAGCUGCACUGAUCAUCCUGGCACUCAUUUCCACCGUGCAUCGGUUCUACAUCACCUACAAACUGCGCCUGUCCAACUACGUGUAUUUCGGCACAUCAGUUAAACAGUUGUUCGACACAGCGGACAAUAUGUACAUUUUGCCUUACUACCGACUCACCGUGUACCUGAUGGGUGUCAUGCUAGGCUACGCGUGUCGCCGCUUCAAAUCGAUCAGCCUAACGCCGAACCAACUUCGACUGGGAUGGUAUGCGAGCAGCUUCCUGCUCGUGCUGGCUUUCUUCGGUCCGGCUCCAAUGGGCUCCAUUGACUACGUGUACGAUCCGCUGGAAGCGGCAAACUAUGCCGCCUUCUCACCGAUCGCGUGGUGCCUGUUCUUCUCCUGGGCUGUGUUCACCUCGCACUUAGGUUACAGAAAUAAACUAACCGAUGUGUUGUCCUGGCGGGGAUUCCGCGUAACCACCAGGAUAUCCUACGCCGUCUAUCUGACGCAGUUUCCCAUCUUCUUCUUCAACGUAGGACGGGUUCGUACCCCUCUGCGGUACAAUUUCUUUACAUCGGUUCUGCUGGACUUCAAGGAGUACGGGGCCAUCUUUCUGGCGUCCUAUGUGCUGACGGUGCUGUUUGAGAUUCCGUUCAGCAACAUUAGGAAACUGCUCUUCGACAACGGUCGCAAGCGAAAACCGGAAACUGCCGGGCUCAGCGGCCAGAAAACGUGUGAUAUCAACAAGAAUAGCAACAGCAGCAGCAGCAGCAGCAGCAGCAGCAGCAACAACAAGACAAUUGUCUAUCCCGCCGAUCAACAGACUAAGGAUUUAAGAGAUUGAUGCGUGUGAAUGCGGUCGAUUGAUUGAGCACCCAUGAUGUCAACAAAGUAGCGGAAAACUUUAUUUAUGAUUAUUUGCGAUAUUAGAAACUGCCGGUUGACCGUAGUUUUAUUUUCGAUGAUAAGCUUAAUCCGACUUAAGAACGAUGUAGAUAA